CCUCCCAGUAGCGUCACACCGCCCCAUUUGCCGGCCGCGGCUCCUCCUGUAGCAAGGAUCGACUCGCCUCGGCUCGGCUCGGUUCGGGGCUGCGGUGCCGGGGGCGUUUUUGGGGGCUCGCCGAGCGCGCAGCAGGCGUCGGGAAGGCACCGCGGAGCCCGGCAGCGCCGCAGCAUGAAGUUCCAGUACAAGGAGGACCACCCGUUCGAGUACAGGAAAAAAGAAGGGGAGAAAAUCCGGAAGAAAUACCCCGACAGAGUCCCCGUAAUUGUAGAAAAAGCACCAAAAGCCAGAGUACCCGACCUAGACAAAAGGAAGUAUCUUGUACCUUCUGACCUCACAGUUGGGCAGUUCUACUUCUUAAUCCGAAAGCGAAUCCACCUGAGGCCAGAGGAUGCACUGUUCUUCUUUGUCAAUAAUACCAUCCCCCCCACCAGUGCUACCAUGGGCCAGCUGUAUGAGGAUAACCACGAGGAGGACUAUUUUCUCUAUGUGGCCUACAGUGAUGAGAGCGUCUAUGGCAACUGGAAGCUGUUAGCCAGGACUGGAGGCUGCUAGACAAGCCAGUGGAGCUCCUGGAGAGUGACUGCACAGGACGGAAAUGGCCAUUCAUGUGUAACCCUUUCAUUGGAUGAGGAAGGCAUGCCUGGAACAUGUAUCGUACACUGACCGUGUCACACCUUACCCAUGGCACAGACCACACUCCUAUGAGCAUUCAGCAAGCUGUGAAAUAUUUCAUCCUGCCCAUACAAGGCUGUCUUCUGCUGACAGUCCUCACACCAGAUGCUACCUGUGAAGCAUUACAAGACUACUGCAUUUUCUGUCACUUCAGCAGUUUUAGAAAAGAUAAUUCUUGAGGGUUGAGAACUCCUCAGCUGUGAGACAUAAAGAUUGAGAGGAUGGGGGGAAAAGGAAGGAUUUUUUUUCCUUUAUUGCUUUAAUUGCAAGUGCUGGACAAAAAAAAAAAAAAAAAGAAACAACCCUUUUGUUCUUUUCAGGGAAGCCAACUGCUAAACUUACAAGCAUAGGGCUAGAAAGGACCUCAUGAGAACAACUAGCCCACUCCAGCUCUGAGACAGGGCUGAGUAUACCAAACAUGACUGUUCUUCCAACUUGUUCUUAGUGAAAUUCGUGUAGGUGGAUCCUGGAGGCUGCUUAGAUAGCUUGUACCAGUUCCCAGCUAACCUACAAGUGAGAGAGCUUUUCUUGCUAUCUAACUAUUCUCCCUUGCAGUGCAUUAAGGUGAUUAAUUACUAAUGGUCUUGUUAUUGGUGAACACAGAAAAUUAGCCAUCAGUGUUGUCCUUGUACCAGUCUUCUGCAGAUUUGAAGAUAGCAGAAGUCCUUUGGGCUUAGCCUUCCCUUCCAUGUCUCAUCCCUGUACAGAUCUUGCACCACUUGCACAAGCAGAAGAAAUCAGUCCCUCCCGUGUGUCUUUUGCUGGCUUUUUGUGAUUGGACAACAGUGCCGCUCUGACACAAGAGAGGUGCUUUUAGACAUGAAGGGGAAAAGAUUCUCUGUAGAUUUUGUAUUUAAUUACUUUAAGCCAGUGUUGUUCUUAGAAAGGUACCAGAUAGAUUCUGUCCAGUGUAAGCCUUAUGCUGUCAUGCCAAAGCAGUUUCUUCCUGGUGGCACAAACAGCAGAUUUUCCCAUAACUGCCAUAACUCUGAUGAGGGGCUGGGGUUUGCAGAGUGAGCUGACUUUCAGGAAGGUUCUGGGGUUUUAUCUAAAGUCAGAGAACUGGACCUGAAUUACUGUAAACAUUCCUAGAUUUAGGGGAGGGACCAGGAUGGAGGAAAAGACAAGAUAGAUGAAGAAGACAGGCAGAGUCCAAAAUAAAUUGAGAGUGUUUACUACAUAUACAUGAAGUUAAAUCCCAGGUCUCUGUUCCUCAGAAAUGAGAGAUCAAGAUGAGUGCUUCUCGGAUUAUGGAAAACAGGAAAUCAGAUUUCAGGCUUUUCUGACUUGUUCCACUGAGUUGUACAUGGCAGAAAAGCAGGCUGGGAGUGUGAAGUGGGAGUCACUGACAGAACUGUGUGAAGGUCCAGGAGGCUGUAUGGUAGGGCAGGAGAGUCACUGACUGUGUGUUGUGGAAAGUAGCAGAUGAAUGGCAGAGAAGGGAGGAAGUGCAAAGGAUCUAGGCAGGGUAGUCAGAAUGGACAGACUGAAAAUGGGGGAACAAAAGAUGAAGUAGGUGGGUUUCUAUCUAGUUUUUCAUCCUGAAGUUGAGGUUUGCUGUUCCAUCAUGUGUUCAUCUGAAAUAAAUGCAUCUGGAUGAGUUGUACCUACUGCCAGCUCAGAUAACCAGUUUCUGCCUGCAGUGUUCAGUCCUCUCUUACUGGCCCACUUUCUUCCAAUGGUCAGACUCUUUUCACAUCGUUUGGGUGCAAAUCUACAUCAGUCUCUUGUUUUAGGAAGUUCUGAAUGUUCUGAAGCAGAGAACAGACCCAGAAGUUUUUUUAGGGUGAGAGACAAGAUGGGGGCAGAUGGUGUACAUCUCUCUGCCACUGUCCCACUCGCUCACGUGUACUGCUAAGCACAGGGUUGUGUAUUGUCUGAAACUAACCUGUGCUUAGGCACACUUGAGAGAAAUUAAUUGGAAUCUGAGGUGUUUUUUUUAAAUUGUUCAGACCUCUACCCUCUCACUGAUGGGUUUAUAAGUGAUAAGUAUGGGACUAAUCUCAGCUGUUUGCUGCAUUUAGAGUUUACACUUUAAUUUAGUUAUUUUACGUUUCUUUUAACUGGAUUGUGGCAUUUACUUCUGUUUUUGCGCGCUAGUCCAAUAUUGUACAAGGUAAUGAUGGUAAUUUCUUUUUGAGUUGGUUAGCUGCAGAUUCUUGUAAAAUAAAGUUCAUAUUACUUGAGCUAAAUCAGCCAAUCAAUAAAGAUGCAUUGAAAACCACAAGUUUGGUCCAA